UAUAAAGCAUCAUGUCUCCAAACAAGAGUAUAUCACUCCAUCCCGCCCUCCCCACCGAUGCUGCCGCCCUCGACGAAAUCCACAGCAAAGCCUUCCCCAAUGACAUUCUCCUUGAAGUCAUGUACGGCCCUCGAGAAGAAAACUCCAUAGACUUGGCUCAGGAUUUAGAGAAAACCAUCCGUGAGAACCCCAACGCUCGAUUUCUGAAAGCUGUUGAUGACGAGUCGGGUCGGAUUGUGGGGUGGUCGUGGUGGGUUAUCUACCGCGAUGCAGAGGCUCAUAUAAAAGCGGAGCAGGAGGCAGUGAAGAAGCGCGCCACGCCACCGCCGAGGUCGAUUUGUCCGCAGGCGUGUUUGGAUUAUCGCCAGAUGGUGGUACAGAAGAGGGAAAAGUGGAUUGGGGGGAAGGCGGUUGCUAUCCUACAGGUCUUGGUGGUCCAUCCAGAGUAUCAGGGUCGUGGGAUCGGGACCAAGUUACUAAUGCCCGGGGUGGAAGAGGCACAACGUCUCCGGCUACCGGCAUGGUUGGAGGCUUCGCGGGCUGGGUAUACACUCUACAAAAAGUGUGGGUUCCGUGAUGUCGGCGAGAAUCUAGAUUUUGACUUGGCCAAGUAUGGCGCCACGGGGCAGAAGCACGGAUUUUGUAUGCUGAUGGAUGCUGUUGAUGUCAACUAGAUCUGGUUUGACCGCUAUUUGUUUGGCUUCGAUAUCAACAUAUCUUGAAGGAUUAGGUAACCUUGCCAUUUGAAAGAUUAUAUUCUAUUGGAUGGCGUACUUAGAUUUUCAUGUGUAUGUUAUGAGACAACGUAUGGUAGUCUUCAUGAGAAGACAGGUUUGAAAGUA